GUUGUAUCAGCAAAAUCACCAGAGCUAGUUGUCAUAUCUGUUUAUUGAUUUAUUUAUUUAUUGGGGCAAACAUUGAAGAUCCAGUACCUAUUCUCAGGAGCGAGUAAGAGGCAAGACCAAAGAAGGGAGAAAUAACGGAGUCCCCGGUGUAACCGAAUUCGCCUGUUCUACAGGCUUUUACCUCUUUUUUAGGAAAACGACCGCGGUAGUGAGUAGGUUCCAAUGGGCGAUCCUUUUGUUCGGCCGGGGUUGGAAUAUCAGCCCCAUAUUGAGCAGGUUCUCUUACGCAAUGAGGGAACCCUCAGCCUAGAAACGACCAAGGAAGACUGGCUUCGCUAUCAGCAUCGCGAUACCCUGGCUACCAUGAUCCUGCAUCGCGAUCAGCUAGCCUAUCUUUCCUUAGCCGAGAACUUGCCCCCAGCUAAGCUAGAGCAGAUUUUUCUGGAACGCAUGACCGAUCCUUUGCGUAAAAGGUGAGUUGAAUUAGAGUAAUGUGGAGGCACUCGUAAUAACGGGAGAACAGGGGAUCUAAAGGUCCAAUUCUUGUUCCCUUUGAA